AUGAUGUCUUAUCUUAAGCAACCACCUUAUGCAGUCAAUGGCCUGAGUCUCACAACCUCGGGCAUGGAUUUGUUGCAUCCGUCCGUCGGUUAUCCCGGGCCUCUGGCUCCGUUCGCAGCCACCCCGCGAAAGCAGCGGCGGGAGCGCACGACCUUCACCCGGGCGCAGCUGGAUGUGCUGGAGGCUCUUUUCGCCAAGACGCGCUACCCCGACAUCUUCAUGCGGGAGGAGGUGGCCCUGAAAAUCAACCUGCCCGAGUCCAGAGUGCAGGUGUGGUUUAAAAACCGCCGAGCCAAGUGCCGGCAGCAGCAGCAGCAGCAGCAGAACGGGGGCCAGAACAAGGUGCGGCCGGCUAAAAAGAAGAACUCGCCAGCCCGGGAAGUGAGCUCGGAGAGCGGGACCAGCGGGCAGUUCACUCCCCCCUCCAGCACCUCAGUCCCCACCAUUUCCAGCAGCAGCGCCCCCGUGUCCAUCUGGAGCCCAGCGUCCAUCUCCCCGCUCUCAGACCCCCUGUCCACCUCUUCCUCCUGCAUGCAGAGAUCCUACCCCAUGACCUACACCCAGGCAUCAGGCUACAGCCAAGGAUACGCUGGAUCGACCUCCUAUUUCGGAGGGAUGGACUGUGGAUCUUACUUGACCCCUAUGCACCACCAGCUCCCCGGGCCGGGGGCCACCCUGAGUCCCAUGGGUGCCAACGCGGUCACCAGCCACCUCAACCAGUCUCCAGCCUCCCUCUCCACCCAGGGCUACGGAGCCUCCAGUUUGGGCUUUAACUCCACCACCGAUUGCUUGGAUUAUAAAGACCAAACCGCCUCCUGGAAGUUAAACUUCAAUGCUGACUGCUUGGAUUAUAAGGACCAGACAUCGUCAUGGAAGUUCCAGGUUUUGUGA